CAAAGUGCUGUCAAAACAUUGUUUCGUGUUUCGAUGGGUUUGAAAAUUUUUGAAAUAAUAAGAGAAUGAUUGUAAUUUUAAUUUAAAAGUAUAGUUUUUCUACCAUAAUGUCAUUCCCGAAGAUAGAAGGUUAUGUUGUGACUGAGAAAUUGGGUUCUGGGAGUUAUUCAACAGUUUAUAAAGCUAUAACAAAGGUGGGCGCAAGAUCAACAGUAGCUAUAAAAUGUAUAGAUAAAUCUCGAGUGAAGCAUUCCGGUGCUGCUGUGGACAAUCUGAUCACGGAGAUACGUCUACUAAAGACACUCACACAUCCACAUAUUGUGCAUAUGAAACAGUUUACAUGGGAUGAUAGAAAUAUAUAUAUAAUAAUGGAAUAUUGUUGUGGUGGUGAUCUGUCAAAAUAUAUACAGAGGUAUGGAAGAGUACCCGAGAAACAGGUUCUGUAUUUUCUCCAGCAACUUGCCUCAGCUUUAAAGUUCCUGAGAGAGAAAGGUGUAGUUCACAUGGACUUGAAACCACACAACUUAUUACUACAUAAAGGUUCAGAUGGGAAGUACAUACUCAAGGUGGCAGAUUUUGGAUUCGCUCAACACAUGACGGAGGAGCAGUUACGCUGCCUGCGCGGCUCUCCGCUCUACAUGGCGCCGGAGAUGCUGCGCGGCAGAUACGACGCCAGAGUUGACCUGUGGAGUGUGGGUGUGAUAAUGUACGAAUGUUUGUUCGGGCGCGCGCCAUACUCCUCCGCCACUUUCAAGGAGUUAGUCGACAAAAUACAAAGGCAAGCUCCUAUAGAGAUUCCCCCCCGGUCGUCCAUCAGCCCCGGCUGCCAGGACCUGCUGACCCGACUGUUGCAGCACGAUCCUGACAAGAGGAUCAGCUACGAGGAGUUCUUCGCUCAUGAAUACCUGGAUCUUGAACAUAUGCCUUCCAAGGAGAAUUAUGAAAAGGCAGUAGGUUUAAUAAAGCGCGCCAUAGAGCUGGACUCUGCGGGCGAGCUGGCGGGCGCGCUGACCGCAUACAGCGACAGUCUGCGCUACCUCGUGCCCGCCGUCGCCGCCGAGAGCGACGCGCUCCGCCGCAGCGCCCUCGCCGCCAAGCUCACCAGAUACAUGGAGAGAGCUGAAGAAAUCAAGAGAUAUCUUAAAGGAGGAAGCAAUCCUCAAGUUCAGAGAACACCGCAACAGAGAUAUGUACAGGGUCGAGUAGAGGUCGCGCAAACUAUACAAGAUACAACCAGUUGUGUUCAAGAAGUUAUAAAAGAACAAGAUCAAGAAUCAGAACAGACAGAAGGACAGAACAAAAAUGAGCAGACGUGUCCUGAGAGGGCGAAGCGCCCCGGAGCCCUGGCGCGGCUGCUGCGGCGCUCGCAGGUGCCGCACUUACUGCGAGGAGAUGCUACUGUGACAGACGAACAAACUGAUAAACCGCAGAAAAAUGAAGAUGGAAAUGACGGCUGCAAGAUUACUUGAAGAAUUCAAUAUCUGCUAAAAGUGCCUUCUAUUUUAAUAAAGUUAUUAGUUUUAGCUUUUUUAUUUAUAUUUAAGCUGACCAAAGAUAUACUUUUAACACAAUACAUUAAAAAAAUCGACUAUAAUUCGUAAUUAAAUUCUUAAUAAAAUAGUAUCCGCGUUUCGUCUGAUGAGUG